AGGUUUGUUGGUUGUCCUCGACGCCGACCACGUCUUACUCCACUCUUCUCAACCUCGUUCAUAUCGCUCGAGAGCGUCUCUCUGAACCCGUCUACUGCUGUCUUCGCUGACAGUACUUCUCACGCUCUGAUCCGGCGUCCUCCACGCCGCCUGCACCCGUUUUUGUCUGCUUUCGCAAGUGGUUCAAAGCACAAUAAAAAUCCGCUCAGACCCUCUAUCAACGCGCUAAUACACACCCUGGAACCGUCUCGACUUUCUGCUCGACCUUUCUUGGACCUCCCUGCGCCGUCGCUCCCCGUUUUCGUGUCAUAUCUGAAGCGCUCUUCCCCUCGUCACCAUGCUCGGCCACCAGUUCGCGUACUCCGCGGCUCCUGUCCGGAAAGUGAAGGAGGUCCAGUUUGGUAUCCUCUCCCCUGAGGAAAUUAAAGCCUACUCUGUCGCCAAAAUUGAGCAUCCUGAAGUCAUGGACGAGACCACUCACAAACCCAAGAUGGGUGGACUGAUGGAUCCUCGGAUGGGCACCAUCGAUCGCAACUUCAAGUGCCAGACGUGUGGCGAGGGGAUGUCCGAGUGUCCAGGUCAUUUCGGCCACAUUGAAUUAGCUCGACCUGUUUUCCAUCCAGGCUUCAUCUUGAAAGUCAAGAAGAUCUUGGAGUGUAUUUGCAUAAAUUGUGGAAAGCUCAAAGCGGACAUCUCGGACCCCAGCUUUGCGGACAAGGUUCGACGUAUCCGUGAUCCCAAGAAGCGCAUGGCCGCGGUUUGGGCGCAUUGCAAGGGCAAGAUGACGUGCGAGGCUGAUGAUCCGAAGGAGGAGAACCAGGAACCUGAUGCCGAGGAGCCCAAAAAGGGACACGGAGGAUGUGGUUACGUUCAGCCGCAGAUAAGAAAGGAGGCUCUCAAGUUCUUCGCUCAGUAUAAACGACCCAAGGACGAUGAUGAUGAGCUCAAGUCGAUGCAGCCUGACAAGCGACUGUUCACUCCUUCCGAUAUCUACACUACUCUCAAAAAGAUAUCGGAUACUGAUCUUCACCUGCUUGGGUUGUCUGAUGAAUAUGCGCGACCAGAGUGGAUGAUCUUGACUGUGCUGCCCGUGCCCCCGCCCCCAGUACGCCCUAGUAUCGCGGUGGAUGGUGGCGCGAUGCGAAGUGAAGAUGAUCUGACGUACAAGCUCGGGGACAUCAUCAAAGCCUCUGCGAAUGUUCGACGCUGUGAAAGUGAAGGCACACCUGCUCACGUUAUCUCUGAGUUCGAGCAAUUGUUGCAGUUCCAUGUUGCAACCUACAUGAACAACGACAUUGCAGGUAUCCCUCAAGCACUGCAGAAGUCUGGACGUCCCGUGAAGUCGAUCCGAGCCCGACUGAAGGGCAAGGAAGGUCGACUGCGGGGCAACCUGAUGGGCAAGCGUGUUGAUUUCUCGGCCCGGACUGUCAUUACGGGUGACCCUAAUCUGGAUCUGGACCAAGUUGGAGUACCUCGCUCUAUAGCCAUGAACUUGACCUAUCCGGAACGAGUUACCCCAUACAACAUCUCUUAUCUGCAAGAGCUUGUUCAAAACGGCCCUACCAACUAUCCUGGUGCUCGAUAUGUCGUACGCGAUACUGGAGAGCGUAUUGAUCUGCGGUAUAAUAAACGAGCGGACGCCUUCCUACAAUACGGCUGGAUUGUCGAACGACAUCUCAAGGACGGAGACUACGUUCUGUUCAAUCGUCAGCCCAGUCUGCACAAGAUGAGUAUGAUGAGUCACCGUGUCAAAUUGAUGCCCUACUCGACUUUCCGACUGAACCUUUCUGUUACUCCCCCCUACAACGCUGAUUUCGAUGGUGACGAGAUGAACAUGCAUGUGCCUCAAAGCGAGGAAACUCGUGCAGAACUGAGUCAGAUCGCAUGGGUGCCGCGUCAGAUCAUCUCCCCCCAAGCUAACAAGCCUGUCAUGGGUAUCGUGCAAGAUACACUCUGUGGCAUCCGCAAGUUUACCCUUCGCGACACCUUCCUCGACUGGAAGCAGGUCCAGAACAUCCUACUAUGGGUCCCUGACUGGGACGGUCUCGUCCCAAUUCCGACUAUUCUCAAGCCCAAGCCACUUUGGACGGGCAAGCAGAUCUUGGGGAUGGUGAUUCCCAAGGGUAUCAACAUCAGUCGUGGGUCUGACGACAAGAAGAACAAGUCGCAUCCGGUGUUCGACGACGGCAUGUUGAUCGAGAACGGCGAGAUCAUGUACGGGACUGUGGAGAAGAAGACAGUCGGUGCGGCCCAGGGUGGAUUGGUGCAUGUAGUGUUCCGAGAGAAGGGUCCCGAGGCGACCAAGCAGCUUUUCAGCGGGUUGCAGAUGGUGGUCAAUUACUGGCUCUUCCACAACGGAUUCAGCAUCGGCAUCGGGGACACAAUUGCGGACCCGGGGACCAUGUCGUUCAUCACCAAGAAGAUCGCCGAGUGCAAGCAGAAUGUGAAGCAGAUCAUCGAGGAUGCAAGUCAGGAUCGGCUGAAGCCCCUACCGGGUAUGACAAUUCGGGAGUCCUUCGAGAGCAUGGUUGAGCGACAGCUCAAUCUGGCUCGUGACGACUCUGGACAGCACGCGCAGAAGAGUUUGAAGGAGGACAACAAUGUCAAGCAGAUGGUCGUUGCCGGAUCAAAGGGAUCUUUCAUCAAUAUCUCGCAGAUGUCCGUGUGUGUGGGUCAGCAGAGUGUGGAAGGACGACGGAUUCCGUUUGGAUUCCGUCACCGGACGUUGCCCCAUUUUGCCAAGGAUGACUUCAGUCCCGAGGCUCGUGGAUUCGUCGAGAACUCGUACCUGCGCGGCCUCACUCCCCAGGAGUUCUUCUUCCACGCAAUGGCUGGUCGUGAAGGUCUGAUCGAUACAGCCAUCAAGACGGCAGAGACAGGUUACAUCCAACGGCGACUUGUCAAGGCCCUCGAGGACGUUAUGGUCUGCUACGACGGUACUGUGCGCAAUUCUUUGGGCGACCUGAUCCAGUUCGUGUACGGAGAAGACGGGAUGGAUGGUGCUUUCAUCGAGAAGCAAAACAUCGACACAUUCUCUAUCGACGAGGCGACGUUCGAGCACAACUAUCGUGUCGAUGUGACUGGCGAGAAAGGCGGGUAUCUGCCUGGUGUGUUGCAGGUCGGGGUGGAUGACAGCUCGUUGGAGUUGCAGGCGAAGCUGGACGAGGAGUUCGAUCGGUUGAGCACUGAUCGACGGAUGCUACGAGGCUUUGUUUUCCCCCGCGCCGAUCCGACGACGAACUUCUAUCUGCCGGUCAAUCUCUACCGCAUCAUACAAAAUGCGACGCAGAUCUUCCACAUCGACCGGAGGAAACCGAGCGACCUCGAGCCCGCUUACAUUGUGGAUGCAGUGCAUGGACUGGGCGAGAGGUUGAUCAUUGUUCGUGGCGACGAUCCUUUGAGCCGCGAGGCUCAGGACAACGCGGUGCUACGGUUCCGGAUGCAUCUCCGUUCGACGUUUGCUUCUCGACCCGUGCUGGAGAAGCACCAUCUGACGCGGGAAGCGUUCGACUGGGUGCUUGGCGAGGUGGAGUCCAAGUUCAAUCAGUCGAUUGCAAACCCAGGCGAGAUGUGCGGGACGCUUGCUGCGCAGUCGAUUGGUGAGCCGGCGACGCAGAUGACGCUGAACACCUUCCAUUAUGCCGGUGUGUCGAGCAAGAACGUGACGCUUGGUGUACCCCGUCUGAAGGAAAUCAUCAAUGUUGCGACCAACAUCAAGACGCCCUCGCUGACAGUGUAUCUGGAUCCCAGCAUUUCGGGUGACUCCAAGUCUGCGCAAAAUGUCGCACACGAACUCGAGUAUACGUCUCUGCGCACGGUGACGAGCGCGGUGGAGAUCUGGUACGACCCGGAUCCAAGUUCGACGAUCAUCGAGGAGGAUGCCAGUUUCGUGGAGGACUUCUUUGCCAUUCCGGAUGAGGACGUGGAGGCCAAGCUGCACCUGCAGAGCCCGUGGCUGCUUCGGUUGGAGCUGAAUCGGACGAAGAUGGUGGGGAAGCUGACGAUGCACUAUGUCGCAAGCCGAAUCGCGGAGAGCUUCAAGCAGGAUCUGUUUGUCAUCUGGAGCGAGGAUAACUCGGACAAGCUGAUUAUCCGAUGCCGAGUGCUCGGCGGUGGGGCAAAGGAUGAUGAUGGGCUGGAGUCUGUGGAGGAGGACAUCUUCCUGCGGCAGCUCGAGAACACGAUGCUGAAUUCGGUGAGCUUGCGCGGUGUGAAGGACAUUCGCAAGGUGUUCUUGCUGGAACACGACAAGGUUGUGACGCAGGACGACGGGAGCUUGGCGCUACGGAAGAAGGCGGAAUGGGUGCUAGAGACGGACGGGAUCAAUCUGAAGACGGUGAUGUGCAUCGACGGUGUGGACUACAAGCGCACGUACUCGAACAAUUGCGUGGAAAUCUUCGAUGUGCUGGGCAUCGAGGCAGCGCGAGCAGCGAUCCUGAAGGAGAUUCGUGGAGUCAUCGAGUUCGAUGGAUCAUACGUGAAUUACCGGCAUCUUGCCAUUCUGUGCGAUCUAAUGACGCACCGGGGCUCGCUAAUGGCGAUCACGCGACACGGCAUCAAUCGGGCGGACACGGGCGCGCUGAUGCGCUGCUCUUUCGAGGAGACUGUGGAGAUUCUGAUGGAGGCAGCUGCUGUCGGAGAGAAGGACGACUGUCAUGGGAUUGCGGAGAACGUGAUGUUUGGGCAGAUGGCGCCUAUGGGGACGGGUGCUUUCGAGGUCGCGUUGGACAUCGACAUGCUCAAGGAUGCGAUUGUGGACCACCGGCUACCUGUACAGUCGCUGAUGAACGUGUCGCACGACGGAGGGAUGACUCCUGGCCAAGUGGCGAUGACCCCGUAUGACACGAAUUCGCCCGUGUGGCAAGACAGCGCUUUCAAGGCCGACCAGGCAGCGUUCUCGCCGCUAGCGGUCAACGGUGCUGACGACGGCCCGAGCUCGUUCGGUGGACUUCCCGGCGGAUGGGGCUCGACACCCACACAUGAUGGAGGAAUGUCACCUGGGCCCGCUGGCUACAUCGCCGUUUGGGGCCACUGCGACGUCACCGUUUUCGAGCACAUCACCCUACGCAACCUCGCCCUUCUACGAUCGGUCGAAUGGCGGCCGGGCUGCUGCGACCAGUCCUACGUACAGUCCGACGAGUCCGAUGAUCAACUUGACGAGCCCGAACUACAGUCCAACGAGUCCGCGAUAUUCGCCGACGAGUCCGAACUUCUCCCCGACAAGUCCGCGAUACAGUCCGCAGAGCCCGAGUUUCUCACCGACCAGUCCCCGGUACAGUCCGACCAGUCCAAGUUUCAGUCCGACCAGUCCGCGAUAUUCUCCGACGAGCCCAAACCAGUCGUUGUCGCCCAAGUACUCGCCGACGUCACCACAGGCGUCGCCAACAUCACCCAAGUACUCCCCGACAUCGCCGACCUACUCUCCAGCAUCGCCAGCCUAUUCUCCGGCAUCGCCGGCGUACAGUCCGACUUCGCCGUCGUGGAGUCCGUCGAGUCCUGGGCAGGCCAAUUCCACGAAUCCGGCGACGAACAACGGGCGGACGCAUGCGUAUUCGACUUCGCCGUCGUGGGAUUAGGCGUGCCACGUCCCAUCCAUCCUCUAUCUAUCUAGUUUUUGCACAACACCCGUCCAUGUCAUUUUGUAGAUUAUUCGCUUAGCAUGUGUGUUCUGGAUUUCGUGAGCACUGAAAGAUUCGGCGUUGACAACAAGCAAGUGCCUCGUGAUCCUGGGGAUACGGAGAGCUUUCCAAGUUUUCUCGAUCUCUCAUGCAAGCAGUAGGUCGGAGGUCGCACAUACAUUGGUAUUUGACAUACAAAACGAUAGGAUAAACAUGUCAACAAAAACAACCGGAAAUUAUGGGCAGGUUCGUGAGCAUGGCCGACGCACAUUUCAAACAUCCCGGAAGCCCUAAUGACGACGACGAGCAGGAGCAGCCCGCUGACGACGACCAGAGGAUGGCCCGGAUCCGUCGUCCACGUAGCUGACCUCGGUUUCGUGGUAGAGGAGCCCAUCACGGUACUGCGCCAGGGCAGCUGGGUCGUGCGACUGCUCAGAUGGCCAAACUACGGGCUGGGGAGGGUAGCUAGAAAAAGGGUAGCCAGACUGGGGAUACUCCUGCUGAGGUGGGGGAGGAUAGCCGGUUUGUAGAUGCCCCGACUGCUGAGAAUGGCCGCGCUGAAGAAACCCGGACUGCUGAGGAUGACUAGGCUGGGGAUAUCCACCCCGUGGCGGCGGCGACUGAGAGUAUCCCGCUUGGAGAUCGGCGAGCUGCUGCUGAUGGACACGAUGGUCUACUGGCUGAGGAUAACCGUGGUACGGUUGAGAUGCAGGCGGCGGGUAAGGUGAAUGGCCCUGUCCGGCUGGUUGCAGGUAAGGGUGAGGGUCCGCCUGGUUCGCAGAACGAUUCAGAUGAUACUGGUGUGACUGUUGCCUAGAAGGUACCUGGUAAUCUUAAGGCGACCUGGGUUCCCGCUCAGAUUCAGCUCGUAUGAUGUGGGUAAAGAUGAGGUGAACUCACUGGGAAUAUGGACCUUGCUCGUACGGAGAACGAGUCGGGGGUGUCGUACUACUAGUAGCGAACUUUCCGCCAAUGAGAUCUUGCUGAGAAUUGAUGUUGGGGACUCGUCGGUGGAGGGGGGCGUGCGUGAGAUGCGAUACAUAUCGCAAUUCACGACCCCGCGACGCAGGCCCAGGCGGGGAAGCGAAUGUUGUUGCGGCCUCUUCUGCAGUUCUGCGGAACAUUUCUUCCCGAUUAAGUGGUGAAGGCCGAUUCGCGAGGGCCAGAUCGUGAGCGUCUCUGAGAGACUGGCUUGACGACUGGCCUAGCAUGAGAUUCAAAGCUGAAACCGUCGUACACUAAUACACACCCGAUGUUCAUUCCAAGCUGUUUCAGCAUCUCUGAGAAUCUUUUCAGCCGUGUUCAUAUCCAACGCUGCGCCCAGACUCUCGACAGCGUCAAUGCGCCUGGACAAUCUGAGCAUAGGCACUCAGCCUGGAGCUCUAUCCAUCAAGCGAGACAAAGUAGCAACUGACUCUCUAGUGGAUAGAUAUCCAUCUUCCGCCCCGAGCCUCACGUUACUUUCCCUCGCACUGUCGUUGAUUAUGUUGUAAACAAAGUUUCGUGCAGUUCCGAUCCAGUCUUGCGGUCUUUGCGGCUUGAGACGAGGCUUUGAGACUUUCUUCAGUAAGCUCUUCAUGGCGCCACGGAAAGAUCGCAGGUAUGUAGAGGGAAAGUGGGAGGGAUGAGUGGGGAGUCCAUUGAGUGUGAGUCUUGCGCUCUUCAAGUAGAUUCAAUCAAUGGUCGCGUGGCGCCAUUGUGUGUGUCUCAAGGGCCGAUGACUCGAAGCCAUCGCGGAGAGAACGAUUUGGUAUUUGGUAAAGGUCCCGAGGCCCGAUUUGAGAUUCGUCCGUCAAGAACGACUCAGCGGACGGCGAAUGCGAGAAUUAGAUUGCAGCGACUCAUGAGUGAUGACAAGCGUACUUGAUAAGUAUAGACAGACGUCAACAACCGCACCCACAAACCGCUCGACUGACCGUGGAGCCAGAUACACGUGAAACUAUCGCCCCAGAUCUCCGGGAGAAAUUCGCCAAUCUUGGCAGAAUACAGUGCCCCGAGCAAUGGUGGGUAGAUCACCAACCUUUUCUCCUUCAGAGGGGCUAUGCGCUCCGCCCACGCUAUUCACCCACUUGGACGCCUUCGUGGGAACUUCCCGAGAACCACGACACAUAGCCGGCAGAAUUUGAGGAUUUCGCUUCGUGUCACCGAAACUUGAACGCAAAGGCACUCGAUGCUGUGCGGGUCUACGACGGGACGACAGUUGUCUUGAAGCGUGUGAGGACCCAGGAUGCUGAAUUCGCGAUUCUUCAUAUUUUCGGGCAAACACUUCCGAAAAAUCAAUCCGAUACGAAGAACCGCACAGUACCUCUGCUGAAGAUCAUACCCCUACCAGACGAUGAGGCAGCUCUGGUUGUGAUGCCCAUGCUCCGCAUUUUCGAUAAUCCCUUCUUUGAGUGCUUCGUCGAGGUCCUCGAAGCAUUUCAUCGAUUUCUAGAGGUUAUUUCCUUCCUCUCCAACUGCGAUGGGACUCUCGGCGGGGCGUACGGACUCGUAUUUAUGCAUUCGCGCGGUUUCGUUCACGGAUAUCUGCCGCAGAAACCUGGCUGUGGACGUGUGGUCAUUCAUUCCUGGCGGCUGGCACCACAUUCGGCAAAGCACAGAGGACGCGAUGCGGAAGCCUACGGUCGUCCGAUAACGAUUAUCGGUCGAAGGGGCCAAAUAUUAUUUUAUUGACUUUGGGGGAUCCUGGUUCUACGAGGCCGGCAUCGAGGAUGCCGGUCACUCACGGUCUACGGUCAAGACAGAUCGGCUCCGGAAAUUUGAGACAAAAUCUCUUACAAUUCAUUCAAGCUUGAUAUCUAUCGACUGGGGAAUGUCUUUAGGAAUCUGAUGGAGGCAAGUGCUAUCCUCUUCUCACUUAUUCAUUCUGGUCAUCAGCACUGUUAGCUUUGGAACGGGGCUGAGCCGAUACAGGAUCUUGUUCAGCAAAUGACUGAAUCAAAUCCAGAUUUCCGGCCGACUGCUCAACAAGCCCUAUGGUGCAUGUGCCCUUAACACUACCACUUUUGUACAAGGGUCACAGUGUGUCACAGAAGCGUCUGUUUUCUUAUCUGUCUUACAGAAACACUCAGUUUGAGGUGUAGAACAAAUCUGUAAGAGGGAUAAUUAAUUGCUUCAAAACUGAGGGAGUUGAUGUUUUGAUUGACACCCCGAUUCCGG